AUGUGUUUGCUCCCCAACACUCCAACACACUUGAAAUUCAUUUACAAAAUUAUUGGAUUGGUUCAAUUUUCAGACAAAACACAAGAAACGUUAUUUUCAAAAAUUUGUAACCAUUUUUGGUGUGUCCCUUUUUGCAGUUAUUUUAUUUAUUUGUGUGUGUGUUGCGAGCCUUAUGAUCAUAGUGAUUUGAGCUUAUUUGUAUAUUUAUCUAGUGUUUCUUAUUUAGCCAAUAUUUUCUGCAUUUCGAUUUUAAUCACAACUUUUGGUUUUAAAGCAAAUGAAUUAAAAUGUCUUUUAUUAGAAAUCAAUGCAAUUGAUUUUAGGGAAAAAUCGAUAAAAAAGUUUGAUUGGCAUCAAUUGUUACUUACUGGACUUUAUUUAGCACAUUUUGCAUUUAUUCCGUAUUUAAAAGAAUCGGUUCCGAUUGUAGUUUUUUUCUACAUUCUUCCUAUCACAAUUAAUUGUUUUGACAAUUUGUUUAAAAGAGAUGUAUUAAACCUGCUUGUGGAUAAAUUUAAAUUUCUGAAUAAGGAAUUUGAACGGCAAUCCGAUUUAGCUGAUUUACAAAAAUCGUUUCCCUUGACUAAAACCAAAAAAAUUAAGUUUUUGGAAAAUGAAGAAAUUGAUUGGAAUCUCAGAUACAUUGAAGAACUCUCUCAAUAUCAUUACCAAUUGGUCCACUUGUCACUCGACAUAUGUAAAAAUUUCGAAAUUGGACUUGUGAUUACUUUAACGUUGUGGUUUGAAAAAAUUAUAGAAAGCACAUAUUUUUCUAUAUUUACUGUAGUAAACGACGAUUCUAGUCAUCAUUUGCUUACUCAUGUUCUUGAUGCUAUUCAUGCAAUUUUUGAAUUCUAUUGGCUUUUUACAUCAAUCGAGAAUUUUACUCGAGUACAAACUGAAGCCAACAAAACACCGAUUUUUGUACACGACGUUUGGAACAAAUAUGUUAAGAGGAACUUUGUCGAAAAAACCGGAGCUUCUGCCAUACGGUAA